AUGGGAAUCGUUCUUCUUCUACUCCUAGGAUGUUAUAAAACGGUGUUGAGAAACAGAGACUGGAUGUCUAGAGAAAGUCUGAUCAGGCUGUGGCCGACGUAUGCCAGUGCGCACAACAACCUCGGAACACUCACGGUGGGCGAUCAAGCGGAGCAACACUUUUUGGCAGCAAUACACGCUCAACCGGGCCACGUGAACGCUCAUUAUAAUCUUGGCCAGCUUUACAGGAAAACGAACAGGACAGAGGAGUGUAUACGGAUGUUGCAAAAAUGCGUAUCCUUGGAUCCAGCGUAUACACCAGCCUAUCUGGUCCUGGCGAGGUUGGCAACCGGUCCAACAGCGGGCGCACUUUUGCGACACGUUGUUCGACUACAACCACGAAGCCCCGACCAUCUCACGGAAUAUGCUUCGUGGCUGUACCAGAAUGGCAAAUGGCUGCCCUCCCUCAAGUACUAUCUCAAAGCCAUGGAGAUCUCGCCCUCGCACAGAUCGUCGCUUCUGGGAACGGUCAGGAUACUGAGGUCGCGGGGUCAGUGGCCAAGGGUGCAUCAACUCAUCACCAGAUUGAGAAAUGAUGAAGUAUUAGAAUUCUAA